AUGCAGCCUGAUGUUCGGUAUCCCGGGUCCUCUUCGCUCUGUCUCUGGCUUCACCUGCAUCGUCGCGGGAGGAGGCCUGCGCGGAGGAAACACCUGAAGAAGAGGGAGUCCAACGUGGGGAAUCCGUCCGAUGGGAGCGCCUGCCUGCUGGUGGCUAUGGGAGGAUUUUUGAUCAUGUUUGCCAUCGCUCUGGCUCUGCUGAUUCGGUGUCAGUACAGAAGGGCGCUCCUUAGCAAUAGCUCGGGGCGCGUGAUCAACAGGCGACCUGCCAGGGGGACCACCGUGCAGAGGGCGGCGCAGCAACCCCUGGCGGUCUACCCGGGCGAGGCCACGGCGGAUAUGGCCAUUCCAGCCCUCGCCUACACCCUCAGCGCCCCUUACCCGCCCAUCUUCCCGCCCUGA